AUGAAGUCUUUCUCGACUAUUUUGGAAUGCUUGGCUCAUCAUGCUACAGAGACCCCCAACAAGGUUGUCUUUACUUGGGUCGAUAUCAAGUGCGAAGAGCAAUACAAGAUGACAUUCAAACAGGUCGAAGACCAAUCCAAUGCCGUGGCUGCCCGUCUCCUCAAGCUGGGAUGCCAAAAGGGAGACCGUGUCAUGAUUGCCUAUCCUUUUGGCCUUCAGUUCUUGCCUGGCAUGUUCGGUGCUAUGAAAAUUGGAGUUGUCCCCUGCUCCAUUUAUCCGCCCAACCCCAAUCAGCUCAAAACAGAUAUGCCAAAGUUCCGCAGAUUUGCGGAGGAUGCCGGAGCAAAGUAUGCCCUCUCCACGAAUAGGUUUGCAGCUGGCAUGACUGCGGCUAGUGUCAUCUACAAGACUGGUGUUACAUGGAUUGGAACCGACAAACUCCCAAUCAAGAACAGCAAUCCAAACAAGCCCAAAGAUUACGAGCAAUUUGUAGGAGAACCCGAAGAUAUCUGCUUCAUCCAGUACACCUCUGGCAGUACUGGUCGACCGAAAGGAGUCAUGAUCAGUCACAACAAUUUGGCUGAAACAUGCAAAGGAGGUGUUACUUUAACAGAUUGUCAGGGACCCAAUGAUUUGGAAGUUCUGUGGGUCCUUCAAUACCAUGGUAAGUUCCAGCCACUGCAACUGACUUGUUCCCCAUGCUUCUUUCGGUACCUCAUCCCCCCUCAAUAUCCAGACAUGGGACUUGUGACUGGGUUUAUGGGUGCUACAUAUUCUGGUACCCCCCUUGUCAUGGCUUCACCAUUGGAUUUCAUCGUCAACCCAUUGCUGUGGACUGAUAUGGUUGAGAAAUAUCAGGCCACCAUCACCCCAGCGCCCAACUUUGCUUAUGCUUUGCUCCUCAAAAGAUUGAAGCAGGUCAACAGGACAGCUGACUGGAGUUGUGUGAAGCGGGCCAUGUUUGGAGGUGAACCAGCCCAGAGCCACGUUGUGGAGGCAGUGUCAAAAACCCUUGCUAUCAAACCUGAGCAUAUUUACAACAUCUAUUGUAUGGCUGAAAUGGUAGUGCUUGUAACUGGUGGACCAGCCAAACCAGACUCUGAAGGUCUUGUCUGCUGUGGAGAAGUAAACUCACCUACCCUGAAGCUUCGAAUUGUUGAGGGCGGAAAGGAGGUGGAGGAUGGGCAAGUUGGAAGCAUCUGGGCCCAAUCACCACGUGUUGCAGCAGGGUAUUAUGACCAGGCUGAGCUUACAAAGGCUACAUUUGCCAAUUCACUGCCAGGAUAUGAAGGCUCUUGGCUAGAAACUGGUGAUUUGGGCAAGAUUGUUGAUGGGCAAAUGUACAUCACUGGCAGAGUCAAAGAUGUCAUCAUUGUGAAUGGAAAGAACUAUGACCCAACUGAUGUAGAGCUAUCCAUUGAUGAGGCUUUUGGUGAUGUUAUUCGUCCAGGAAGGACAUCAGCCUUUCAGCUUGGAGAGGACAGCAUUGGUGUCACACUCGAGGCUCGCAAAGGGUUUGACAAGUCAUCAAACGAAGAUCUGGCGGUCAAAAUAGCCUCAGAGGUUGUUGUCCUCAAGCUUGGUGUGACACCCAAGACCACAUCUGGCAAGUUGAAGAGGAGUGAGAUCAGGCAGACAACAAUUGCCUGUGAUUGGAAGACAUCUUCUGUGAUCCUAAGGUUUCAGCCACAUGACAAUGCAAUUCCAGCAGAGAACGAAGUCCGUGCAGAGGCAACAGAUUUUGAAUCCUCAGAAUGUCCGAAUCGAUUUAAGUCCCACUCUACAAACUCACCCAAGGAUUUCCACAAUUUGGUCAUCUCCAUCCUUGGUUCAGAAGUUGACAUGGCAAAAUCAUGGGUUGAACAUGGUCUAACAUCACUCAAGAGUGCUGAGCUGAGGAACAGAGCGGAGGAAGAGUUGCAUGUGGUCCUACCAGCAAACUUUGAACAGCUCCACUCAACACCCGAAGAACUUUCUGUCUUCUUAGAAGCAUCCGAAGGCAAGUGCUUUGCUAUCCAAGACACAGACAGGCACCCCUUCUUCCACUGGAGCACGGCAAGAUCAAGGUGCAGCAAGCUACAGAUGGGCUUUGUUCAAGUACUGGGCAUCCUAACAAUCCUUAUUCUGGUGGUGGCUGCUAUCAUUCCAUCAUACUUGAUUGCAGCAGAGUUGGCAGACUGUGAUACUUCGCGUGGUAAAACCUGCACUGCUGCAAGCUGGUUGUUGUUGCCUCUGUUACUUCCCAUAUGUAUUAUAUCCUUCUCCAUCAUUCUGGUUCUUUGCAAGACACUGAUUAUUGGCAAGUACCACCCUCAGGAAAUCAAUUUGAUGUCUUGGGACUACUUAAGGUGGUGGUUUAUUGAUCGAUUGCUGCAUAUCUGGGAGCUCUUUGCUGGAAGAUUUCUUUUGGAAACCAAGUGUGCAUGGCUUUUUUACUGGUUGCUUGGUGCUGACAUUGCAUGGUCUGUAAAGAUUGAUGCUUUUAUCAGAGAAUGCGAUCUUGUCAGUAUUGGGGCCAAUUCAUCAGUUGGCCAUGCUAUCCGAUGCAGAAAGUUCAGGCCAUGGACUGAGGACAGUCUAUCUAUGGUGUUUCUUCCUAUUGACAUUGGAUCAGAUUGCAAAAUUUCUGGAAUGGUGAGCCCUGGUGCUACUAUUGGAGCUGGUUGCAAGCUAGAAAGGUUGGCAGUGGUGGAGGAACGUGCCCAAGUCUCCCCUGAAGUGAUUGCACGUGGCAACCCCGCAUACAAUGCAGGUACAUGCAGGCGUCAACAGUCAAACUGGCAGGAAGAUUCCCUGCUCGAUGCCUUUAAGAUUCUCUGGAUGUUUUCAGAAGCCUACCAUUAUUCUGCUCUAUACUUCCUUGCCAAUGCAAUCCUCAAAGACGUCUUACCACCCUGGCGCUACCAUGUUGUUCUGCACUGGUUCCUGCUCUUUCCGUUUGCAUCACUACUGGCUAUGGUGACAAGCAUCAUAAUGAAAUGGCUCUUGAUUGGAAAGAGAGAUCCAUCAACAGAAUAUGAGGGAACUUUAUGGAGAAGAGCAACCAACUGGGCCUGUGACUACCACUUUCGGAUUGCUGCUUGGACACUUGGCAAUUUUAUGGGGGGUUCCAAACUCGCUUCAUUGAUUCAAUGGCUCCAUGGACUGGAUGUUGAUGCUGUGUCUGCUCUAUUUACUGCCACAGCAAUUUUCCCUCCUUCAAAAGUAGACUACAUGAAAGUACGCCAAUCUUUCCUUUCCCUUGCCCAUUUUGAACUGGACAGGCCGGCUGGAGAGAAGAUUGAAAUCCUGGGCAGCUCUCUUGGAAGAGACACAGUUGUUCAUGCUGGUGCUAAGGUCAUCAGAUCAAACAUCCCCUCAAGAAGUCAGGUCUCAGACAAGAUCUAUGAUUUGAACCCUCCUUACGCCAGAUGUAGCCCAAGCCUCCUACAAUUUUUUUUACCUGAAUUGGCCCAGCUGAUUCUUCUUGCUUUCAUAUUUUGGAGUAUUAUUCCUUCCUUUGAGCUGGCUGCGUCAGUUUCAGGAGGUAACCAUUCCUCAGGUGUUGUCACCUUGGUUGUUGGUGUGGCUAUUGCCUUUCAGUUCCUUGUUUGGAUCCUCAUUGCCAAGAUAAAUGAGUGGGCCGUCCUGAAUGUGGUUCCUCCCAAAAUCCAAACCCAUUUGUUUUCUGUUUAUACUUCCUAUGUGGAAGGAUUCCGAGACGGAAACCCCGUUGAGGUGUUUCUGAUGGGAACACCCAUGUUCCAGAUGUAUGUUCGAGUAAUGGGCGCUGAAGUCAAUGGUGAUCUCUGGUUCUUUGAUUGCACACUUGAUGAGUUUGCAAACUACCACUUCCAAGGCAACACUGUCGUGGACAAUGCCUACCCCCGUGGCCACUAUUUUGAUAUCAAUGGACUCACACUAGAUGAUGUCUACAUUUCUGGAGUUGUGCACCCCGGAUGCUACAUUGCAGCUGGAGCCAUUGUUGAUGGCAAAGAAAAUGGCUCAUGGAAAUCGUUCUUCCCCUCAUCUGAUAAGAAAGUUGCACCUGGCAAAAAGCAGCCUUCAAGGCAGAGUCUCCGGGAAGGCGGGACUCGACACAUGAGAAGUGAAAGUCUCCAAGAAGAUGGCUCAAGCAACCACCAGAGCAAUUUUGACGAAUAUUCUGUUUAG